AUGAGCGACCCGGUGAUGGCGGCGGAUGGGCAUGCUUACGAGCGGACGGCGAUCGAGCGCUGGCUCGCGACCAAGUCAACGAGCCCAAUGACGGGCGCGGAGCUCGAGAACACUAGCCUCUUCCCGCACCACAUGCUGCGCAGGCAGAUCCGAGAGUGGCGAGAGGACGGUAGUCGACUCGCCGGCCGGACCCGCCUCGCGUAG